AUGGAAGGGAACCCAAACCUCCUCAUUGUGCCCAGUAGCAACAACUGGGUGAUGAUCUUUGUGAACCAAGAAAAAUCGCUUACCUUUCGUUCCCCAACCGCGAUGAAACUCUUCGUCGAUCUAUUAUCCAACCCCCCUCUGUUCUUGAUCGCCCUCCAGCAAGGACGCUUUUUCAUGGAGACGCGGCUUGAUCCAGAAAUCCAGGAUCCCACAGGUGAAGAAAGAGCGGUGAUUGAGAACCCUGAUUUUGAGGACCCAGGGUUUACCACCGACGAGAUCAUCGCCUGGUUUCAGGCCGUCACAGCAGUCUCUGUGGGGGGAGCCACCGCAAGACCUGUACUGGAUACAGUCGGUAAUUUAGUCCACUUAUGUCAAGCCAUACUUGAAGCUUGGGAACUGUCUCCAAUCAAGGUUAUAUAG